AUGAAGAAGAACCAUGCAACUGCUACGAGAACAGAUCCAGAGAUAGAGAUCUUGAGCGUUGAGGCUCUUCCUGUCGGAGCUGAAGCUUCAGGACCUUCGCUAGCACUUCCUCCGUCAUCAGAUGACGACGGAGACAUGUCUGGUGUCGGAGCUGGCGGAGACGAGGAGGGUGAGUCUGACGAGCUGGUGGGACCUUCAGAAGAGCUAGUGGGACCUUCUGAUGAGCUGGUGGGACCUUCUGAUGAGCUGCUGGGACCUUCAGAGGAGCUAGUAGGACCUUCUGAUGAGCUACUAGGACCUUCAGAUGAGCUGGUGGGACCUUCUGAUGAGCUGGUGGGACCUUCAGAGGAGCUAGAGUCGGGGCUUGGAGCCGGAGUUUUGGCUGAAGAAGAUUUAGGGGACUUUGUGGGGGCGGCACCACCUGAAGAUGGGGAAGCGCUUGGGGUAGAUGUAGAGUUCUUUUUGGCGGUGGUGGAAGUAGAAGCCGUAGGCGGCGAGGUUGGGGCGGAGGCGGUUUGUUUUGGGGAUCCUGCGGCGGGUUGUUUUGGGGAAGCUACUGUGGCGGGAGAAGGAGUGGGUGAGCUUUUGUUGCCGUUGGCUUUAGGUGCUCCGGCUGGUGUUGGAGGGUCAGCGGCGAAGACGGUGGUAAUGGCCAAGACGGCGACGGCGAGAGAUAGGAGUGUAAGUGCCGUUGACAUUUUUGUGUGA